AUGGCUCAGAAAAAACAUCUGGUGGCAUUCAAGGGCGGUCAGGUUCUUUCGUUGAUACCGGAACCGCAGCUUCGCAACGCAGAUGUGUUGGUAUCACACGACGGUACUAUUGCGUAUAUCGGCGUAGACAGACGCGACGAGCUAUAUACUGCCGAAAGAGUCAUUGAUGCGACAGGAAAGUGGCUACUUCCGGGUUUCGUUUCGGGACACAGUCACUUGUGGCAAAGCAAAUAUGCUGGCCAUGCUCCUAACAGCGCAGUGAGCGAAUGGGGCGAGGGACUCUACUCUCAAGCUCGGGAUCUAUCCGCGUCGGAUUAUUAUGAUCUCACCAUGCAUGGGGCCAAGUCUCAUAUCCGGAAAGGCAUUACCACAGCAUUUAACUUCACCUUCUCCGCUCGCUUUCGAGACGGACGAGCGGACCGCGCUCAGUUCGAAGGAGCCCUUGACUCUGGGAUUCGGUUUAUACACGGCUUCAACAUCGGGGCUAUAAAGGAGAAUUGGACUCCAGAGUUAGCUACGGCGCGAGCGCGACGAUUCAUCGACUGGGCAUCUACUUUCAAGCAUCACGGCCAAUACUUGGGUACCAUGAUUGCACAUCACGGAAUCAAUUAUGACACAGACGUUAAUACCCGCAUGGAAGCCGAAAUCAUGCGUAAACUAGAAAUAGGCGGCCAAAUUCAUUAUCUGGAAAGCCCUAAGCCGGCGGACGUUAACAUGGAACGAUCUCGAUGGGAAUGGCUGCGGGACGCCGGUGCCCUUGACUCAAAGCUCAUUCUAGGCCAUUUCCUACACCCAACUCCAUCAAUUUUGGAGGAAGCCGCCAAAAGAGGGCUCAAAAUGACCUGGAACCCUAUGUCAAAUGGUCGCCUGGGUUCUGGCAUUGCCGACAUUCCUGCCUAUCAGAAAUACAAUCUUCCAAUUGGUUUAGGCGUUGAUGGUGAAGCGAGUAGCGACCGCAGCGACCCAUUCGAGAACAUGAGAGCAGGCAUAUAUGCUGUGCGUGGAAAGUAUACGGAUCCAACGGUUCUAAAGGCGUACGACGUAUUCUAUAUGCAUACGCUAGGUGCCGCAGAGGUUUUAGGGGUUGCAGAUCAAGUUGGCAGCUUGGCUGUUGGAAAGCAGGCGGAUAUUAUUCUUCUGGACCCUCCAUCCUGUAGUUCUUUGGGAGAUAUAGUCUCUCCCAUCGUUUUCUCAUCUGGAGUGGAAAGUAUCGAAGCUGUCUUCAUCGGUGGUCAGGAGUUCUGGCCGCAGAAAAUGCAUUCAUCGAGCGCUCCACGGGACUGGCCUGCCUGGGAGUUUUGA